UGGCGGCUGGCCGGGCCCGCGGGGAGCCAGCGAGGCCGGAGCGCGAGCGAGGCCCGGGCGUCCGCGCGCCGCCCAUGGAGGCCGCAGCUGGAGCCGGCCCGGCCGAGGCGCCCGAGGCGCUGAGCUGCUUCUCCUACAACCAGGACUGCACCUCCCUGGCCAUCGGAACCAAAACUGGAUACAGGCUUUUCUCCCUAAGUUCUGUGGAACAGUUGGACCAAGUCCAUGAAAACAAUGAAAUCCCGGAUGUUUACAUCGUGGAGCGCCUCUUCUCCAGCAGCCUGGUGGUCGUGGUGAGUCACACCAAGCCUCGGCAAAUGAACGUCUAUCACUUCAAAAAAGGGACGGAGAUCUGCAACUAUAGCUAUUCCAGCAACAUCCUGUCCAUCCGGCUGAAUCGGCAGGUUUAUGUGCACUUUCUAUCAAUCAUUCCAACUCCUACUUGGCGUACCCUGGCAGCGCGACUAUUGGGGAGAUUGUGUUUUACGACGGAAAUAAUUUGAGAACAGUCUGCACAAUUCCUGCCCACGAUGGGCCCCUCGCUGCAAUAACCUUCAACUCCACAGGAUCGAAGUUAGCAAGCGCUUCAGAAAAAGGCACUGUCAUUCGUGUAUUUUCCGUACCUGAUGGGCAAAAACUCUACGAAUUCAGAAGAGGAAUGAAGAGGUACGUGAACAUCAGCUCUCUCGUGUUCAGUAUGGACUCCCAGUUCCUGUGUGCUUCGAGUAACACCGAGACCGUGCACAUCUUUAAACUGGAACAUACCACUGACAGCCGUCCAGAAGAGCCUCCCACCUGGAGUGGUUACAUGGGAAAGAUGUUUAUGGCUGCUACCAACUACCUCCCUGCUCAAGUGUCGGACAUGAUGAACCAGGACCGAGCCUUUGCCACUGUGCGCUUGAAUUUCUCUGGACAACGGAACAUCUGCACGCUCUCCACGAUUCAGAAGCUGCCACGACUCUUAGUUACAACAUCAGACGGACACCUUUACAUCUACAACCUAGACCCUCAAGACGGAGGAGAGUGCGUCUUAAUUAAGAAACACAGCCUGCUCGGCUCGGGAAAGACAGACGAGAACAAAGAAAAUGACCUCCGGCCUCCAUUACCUCAGUCUUACGCAGCAACCGUAGCCCGACCAAGUACGAUGCCUUCAUCUUCAUCCAGGCCAGGUUACUCAGAAGAUGGGGGUGCCCUGCGAGGAGAGGUUAUCCCAGAGCACGAAUUUGCAACCGGACCAGUGCGUCUUGAUGACGAGAAUGAAUUCCCUCCUGUGAGCAUUAGGAGUCCCUAAAAUGGCAGUACAGCCCUCAUGCUAAGAAGAAAGUAUUAACUUCUUACAGAAAAGAUGUUGUUCCCUUUCUCUAAUGUGCCCCGAUCUAUUAUCAAGCCUAUAACAACUAUGUUACAGGGACACCGCCAGGUAGUUUAUGCUCCCAGCUGUGGCCGCUAGGGAUGGGGGUUCAGCCUACAAAUCCUAACGUUAAUUAGAGAGAGGGCCAAGCAAAUUCCCAGAAAUUAAGCACCUACAAAUGUGGGUGAAGUUUGAAUCUGGAUCUGACCUUUAAAUCUCGAGCCCGUCUCUCAUAUUAAUAGAAAUAGCUUUAGUUGCGACGAUGGCAGCAUUUUUAACAAAAAAAUUAUUCCUCCCCCCUCCCCCCCCGCAGUAUUUUCAGUGCAAACAUAUCCCAGCAUUGGGCUGGUGCAGCUGCAACCUGAAGUGACCAGGGGGUUCUCUAUACCAUGCACACAUGCAUGACGGGUGGUAGGGAGAGAAGCAGGUGAGAGCAGGACCCAGGAUCCAGGCAGGAACACACCACGCGCACACACCGUUGAGUCUGAGUAGCUCCCCGUGCAGAGCACCCAUCCCACUCCCCAAUCUAUACCUGACCCCUCAACUUCCCCGCACUGGCCUUGACUUCCCCCUGCUCCCCAUGUAGAGCACCUCUGAGCCGCUGCCCCACGACCCCAAUUCACAGUGAGUUUCCGCCGCCUCUGGAAAAAGCCCAACCUUCCAGCCCAAAUGGGGACAAGCGUACUAGAAUUUAAAAUCCAUUUCCAAUCUUUUAACAAUCCUCAGCAUUAGUCACCAGAGGUAAGGACAUUUUUGCUUUUUAAAACUGACUUUGAACCUGGCAGUGUCUCUCCAGCUCUGUGAUCUAGUAUCCAAACACUUACCAUGUUGUUUGCUUAACAUUGGAGAGGGCAGAUGUUGAUUACCUGCAGUAAUAAUUUCUAGUAGUUAGCAGCCUCUCCAUAAUGGUAACACACUAAUACACCAGGACACUUUGACUUGACUAAAUUGUUGCGGCAGUUUACCGUGGACAGAAUCUUGAGCCCUUUACUCAGGCCUCACCCAUCUUCAGUGGAAGUUUUGCCUGAGUAAGGACCAAGUAAAAACUAUCUUAGGCUAAGGCUACACUGGCACUUUACAGCGCUGCAAGUUUCUCGGUCAGGGGGGUGAAAACACCCCCCUGAGCACAGCAGGUUACAGCGCUGUAAGCUAAUCCCCUCGGGGAGGUGGAGUACCUGCAGCGUUGGGAGAGAGCUCUCCCAGCGCUGGUGCCACGACCACACACACACUUCAAAGCGCUGCCACGGGAGCGCUCUAGCAGCAGCACUUUGGAGUUUCGAGUGUAGCCGUGCCCUUAGGGUCUCAGCCACCAAUUGUGGGUCACGUCCUGAGAUUUUCAAAGUUGACUAGGGUUUAGUGUCAAGUAUCGAGGGUAGCCGUGUUAGUCUGUAUCCACAAAAACAACAAGGAGUCUGGUGGCACCUUAAAGACUAACAGAUUUA